AGGGGAAACUUUAUUGUUCCCCUUUCGGGGCGGCGGCGAUGUCGGUGAACUAUGCGGCCGGGCUGUCGCCGUACGCGGAUAAGGGGAAGUGUGGGCUGCCAGAGAUCUUUGACCCCCCGGAGGAGUUGGAGCGCAAGGUGUGGGAGCUGGCGCGGCUGGUCCGGCAAUCCUCCAAUGUGGUGUUCCACACGGGCGCCGGCAUCAGCACCGCCUCCGGCAUCCCUGACUUCAGAGGCCCCCACGGCGUGUGGACCAUGGAGGAGAGGGGCCUGGCCCCCAAGUUCGAUACCACCUUUGAGAGCGCGAGGCCCACCAGGACACACAUGGCCCUGGUGCAGCUGCAGCGUGUGGGCUUCCUGAACUUUCUCGUCAGCCAGAACGUGGACGGGCUGCACGUGCGCUCCGGCUUCCCCCGGGACAAGCUGGCAGAGCUUCAUGGGAACAUGUUUGUUGAAGAGUGCACCAAGUGCAAGACGCAGUAUGUUCGGGAAACGGUCGUGGGCACUAUGGGCCUCAAGGCCACGGGCCGGCUCUGCACUGUGGCCAAAGCAAGGGGGCUGCGGGCCUGCAGGGGAGAGCUGAGAGACACCAUCCUGGACUGGGAGGAUUCUCUGCCGGACCGGGACCUGGCUCUUGCCGACGAGGCCAGCAGGAACGCUGACCUGUCCAUCACCCUGGGGACCUCCUUGCAAAUCCGGCCCAGCGGGAACCUGCCCCUGGCCACCAAACGCCGCGGAGGCCGGCUAGUCAUCGUGAACCUGCAGCCCACCAAGCACGACCGCCACGCCGACCUGCGCAUCCACGGCUACGUCGACGACGUCAUGACACAGCUCAUGAAGCACCUGGGCCUCCAGAUCCCGCCCUGGGACGGCCCCCGCGUGCUGGACAGGGCCCUGCCACCUCUGCCACGCCCCCCGAGCCCCAAGGAGGAGCCCUGCGACUGGCACCCCAAGAGAGAGAGGCCAGACAGCCCUGUCCCCCACUGGCCCUCCAAAAGGGUGAAGGCGGAGGCCGCUCCCAGCUGACCAGGGUGUGGUGGGGGUGGGAGGGGGCUUUUGUAGAAACCACAGACUGGCUCUUUUCUACUCU